UUACACAAGCGUCAGGAUUUUGUAACGCACACAUUAGCUACUAUUUAAUUGUUGCCACUCGUGACUGAGCCAUCACUGUCUUCUUAGCUUUACAUCGGACCGAACAAACUGAGCACUGAAACAAAAAGCUUUGUUUUUUAUUAACAAAGAUAGAAUAAUCGAGCAAUUUUAAAUUAUACAAGGACUCUACCUACUGAGACGACAUAGUCGUAUAUGUUUGGAUUACUGAAAGUGAAAAUGAAAUAAAUACAAACAACCGGGAUGUCAUUUUUGAUUAAAUAACAGAUAAAACGCGUAACUGGUAGGUCUAGACGCGUGCUACAGAUUCGGGUAGUGACAACGAGACAGAAGCGCGCGCUUAAAAUAUGGAGUUGAAUUCCGUGAUUUUGACCACUGGGUCUUCGGUAGGCUUUUUUAAAUUAGUAAACUAUGGAAUCGGCCAACUUCUUAUCCCCGAAACAGCUCAGAGGAACGUUUGGAAAUGGAAAAACAUCUCCACGUCUUUCGUACACAGCCUCCUAACUGGAGUGUGGUCCGUGCUUUGUUUUUGCAUACAUCCCCAGAUGGCUGAGGAUUUGAUAGAAACACACUCCGUUUUCUCUCAUGCCUUGGUAUCUGUAUCAAUCGGUUACUUUAUAUAUGACUUCUUUGAUAUGGUUAUCAACCAGAAGAUCAGUCAUUCAUGGGAGCUCCUUUUCCACCAUGUUGUGGUGAUCACCUGUUUCGGGAUCUCGGUGUUGACCUGUCGGUAUGUGGGUUUUGCAGUGGUGGCUCUGUUGGUGGAGAUCAAUUCAAUCUUUCUGCACCUGAGGCAAGUGCUCCACAUGGCCAGCUUGGGCAAAAGUACAUUUUACCGUGUCAACAGCAUGAUAAAUCUGGGCACCUACGUAGUGUUUCGUAUCAGCACUCUGGCCUGGAUGACCCGCUGGCUGGUGCUGAAUCGUGACCUCAUCCCCUUGGUCAGCUACACCAUCGGCAGCGUGGGUCUGGCCAUCAUGACUGCCAUGAACAUUGUGCUGUUUUACCGUCUGAUGAGAAGUGACUUUAUGAAGUCUAGCCGUGAGAAGGAGGUGAGAAAAGAGAAGGAAAAAGAAAUGUAGGAAGAGGACUCUUCUCACUCCAGUUUCAGCUCCAACCAAAUCCGCUCUCAUCGUCACCGUUCCCACACUUUGUGGAAAACGUCCCUUUCAACCUGCUGACUUCAUUCCUGCAAAACCUGAUUGUCAACUAGACCGAAGUUCAAGUCACUUUUACUUAAUCUUAUGUAGACCUCAAGCUGUGCUAAGAUUUUUAUGAUCACAAAACUCACGGUUCGGAUCAUAUUACGGAUUUUGAGUCACGG